AUGGCGAAUAAAUUUGAGUUAAAAAAAGUCGAAUCUACGGAAUUCGACACGCCCGUCGUUUUUACGAGUCAAGAUCAAAAAUCCAUGCCGUUUGGAUUUCUAACGACUUACAGAGAAAUGGCAUGGAAAAAUUAUAAAAGAGCCGAAUUUGAAGCAUCAACCCGGAACUUUAAUAUAACCGUAGGAAUGUAUCCGGAUGAUCGGAGAGCUGUGAUAGGAAGAGGGUUUUCGAGGAGCAAAAAUACACUUUUCGAAGGAGCACUGAGAGACGCCGAAUACGUUCUAGCUCAAAACGAUUGCGAUAAAGAGGCCAUUUUUUUACAAGCUCUGUCCCGUUACGAAUUGGGAGAUUUCGAAGAUGGCCUUCGCGCUUUCCAUAACGGAAUGAACAAAAGGGGAAAAAGACCAGAAUUUCAAAACGGAAGAUACCAAGCCGAAGGAACCAUAGAAGAUUGCAUCGGAAGAUACGCGGGUCCCGUUUUGACCGACAUGAAUGUCAUCAUUAGAAAAAUGGAUUUGAAAAAUGAAAAAGAUAGAAAAUUAAAAGAAAGAGCGAGCAAAUACGUUGACGAUUUAGGAAUCACCGCUCCUCCUCCCUGUUCUUAUUUCGAAUGGAAUCGCUACGUACGAUCGCAAAAGCAAUUAAACAGCAUGUUGGCGGAAACAUAUUUAGGAAAAUUAAAUAACGACAGAAAGUGGUUUCAACAAGCGUUGGAAAACCCAAACGUUAUUUCAGUUAAUAAAAUGGGAACAACUAAAAUAUUAAAACUAGCAAAAAAAGCACUCGACGAUUUAAAUAGAAGAAAAGAAAUAUUGCAGUCGAGAAAACCUUAUUACCAUAUUAAAUUUAAAAUUGAAAAAUCGGAAAAAAAAUUAAAGAAAAAAAAAGAAAUGCAAAAUUUUGAUAUGAUAAUAAGUAAAACACGAAUUGUUGAAAAAAUGCUCGGCAAACUUUUUAAAGAAAAAGAAUAUAAAAAUACAAAAAAUUGCAUAGAACUCGCCGACAGGAUAAAAAAAAAUUUAGAUAAAACUCCGAAAAAAUGGCUGCCGAAAAAAAAAGAAUAUGCUAGCGCACUUUAUUCUCUCAUGAGCAUUGUUUAUUUAGAUUUGAAAAAACUAAAACCGCAUUUGAAUCUCUCGGAAAAUUAUAAAAGGAUUUUAUACUGGUUCGGAUUCGAUGGAAAAUAUUUGGAUUUAAAAAUGGAGCCCCUGGUACAAGAAACGUGUUAUCCCUUUGCAGAUUAUAAAAACUGGUUGGCCACUUACGAAAGUUAUUUGGAAUUUGCGAGUAGCGAAGUAGAAAGAGCUUGGAUUCACCACGAAAUCGGGAGGUGUUACGGAGAAUUUCAUAAAUGGGAACACAUGACUCUGAGAGGACGAAAGUGCUUUUUCGCCGCUAAAAAUUGCAAUCAUUUACCGUGGAUGAUAAACGGUUUGUUCAUGAUGACCGUAGGAGAAUCCAAUUGUCAUAACAAAGAAGAAGCACUCCAAUCGCUCAAAGAUUGUCUGGAAUGCGCUUACAAAUACAAGGACGAAUCCAUAAUUGAAUUUUUACUUUUGGCCACGCGAGUCCUCCGCGAAAAAGAUUUUCAAGAAACUCUCUUGGAUACCGAGUACAUUAUUAGAAAACGAGAAGAAUUCAUUGUAAAUUUAAUGCGCGAUCCAGACAUAAUCGAAAGAGCAAAAGAUUUAUUCAACAGGAUGAUGCCUUUGCCGGCGAAAAGAAAAAUGUCAAUUUGCCCCGGAAUAAAACCUAAAAAUGGAAAAACUUGUAGCUUCGGUAGGAAAUCCAUUAUACCCGGAGGAUCCGGAGGACGAUUAGGUUUACAUCCCAUAAAUGAGUGCACAUACGAAGAAUUUAUAGACGUCAAAAAUUUGUCACCAGUGACUUCGACGAUACGUUCAGUCUAA